AUGGCGACGGGUAAGCACGGAGGGCAUCAAGAAGGCGCUUUGAGGAGUAGGGACAGGGAGCCCGAGGCUUCAAGAAGAAAAGACUAUCGGCCUGGAGACAGUGGCGACCAGGUGGGUUCGGUGCGGAAGCCGUUCGGCCAUGAUAACCAGGACCUUGUUCGGGAUCGACCCAAUGAUGUCAUAGAGAACGGAGUGACAAAUGGUUUCAGCAGGGCCACAUCAAGCGGCAGCAGCUCUAGCAGUGGUAGUGGUGGGGAAGAUGGAUAUAGGACGCGGCAUCUGAAUGGCAGAUCAGCUGAUAGGGAACCCGGAGAGCUAUCAAGCGGAAACGGGUCGGAUGAGACUGAUGUUUCAAGCCUGGAGAACGGAGCUGCGUCGCCUCCUACCAAGAGAAGGAAGUUUUCUCCAGUUAUGUGGGGUAGCCACGACGAUGAGCAGUUCCCUGUUCUUCCUGCAGGAAGCAAGAACUCUGAAAUCAAUGUUCCACUGCCUCCUCCGCCUCCUCCCUUGCCUCAGGGGUUUGUUCCGUCGAAGAGUAUUGCGAUUGUAAAUCCGGUUGAAUCAUUGUCUGCGAUCGAUGCCGACAUCUCUGUGACAACAGCGAAGGAAAAGCCCUGGAGUACUGAUCUUGAAUCCGGGCAUCUGGAAGAAGAUGAAGACUCCUACAUUCCUACAUGGAACAUCGCAGCUUCAAGAUGGGCUGAAGGGAACGGCUCUUUUGAGCAGGAAGAGCCUCAAGAUGUUGGUCAGGCCAAUUUUCCCGAGGAAAGUAUAAAAUAUCCGGAGCCUGUUUCCACAAGAUUGCACCACAAGGGUCUAACCCCUGAGCCUGGAGAGGUGAUUAUAAGGGAAUGUUCUGAAGGCAGCACUCCCAGGUCUUCCGAUUCUAGAGAACUUGGAGAAAAAAGCCACGAUUUUGACGUUGACAAUAACGAUUAUAUGUCUGUUGAUGAAGAAGACGCGCCCAUGCCACAACCAGAUGCAGACUCUGAAGCAGAGAGUGAAUUAACGAAGACUCUGACAUCCUCUCAUCCUCCACUACGGUGCAUAAACAUGCUACAAAGCUGCAGAAGUGUUGAUGAGUUUGAGAGGCUGAACAAGAUAAAUGAAGGUACUUAUGGUGUUGUGUAUAGAGCAAAAGAUAAGAAGACCGGAGAAGUAGUAGCGUUAAAAAAGGUAAAAAUGGAGAAAGAGAGAGAGGGUUUCCCGCUAACAUCACUCAGGGAGAUAAACAUUCUGCUUUCACUCCAUCAUCCCUCUAUUGUAGAUGUUAAAGAGGUUGUAGUGGGAAGCAGUCUUGAUAGCAUUUUCAUGGUUAUGGAAUACAUGGAACAUGAUCUUAAAGGGCUUAUGGAUGUGAUGAAGCAGCCAUUUAGCCAGAGUGAGGUUAAGUGUUUAAUGCUGCAGCUUCUGGAGGGUGUCAAGUAUCUUCAUGAUAACUGGGUUCUUCACAGGUAUUUUCUUUUUUACUAGGUCUGUUUUUCUCUUUUCAUCAUCUCUCUCAAUGCAAUCUGGUGAUGCCUCCAACUGAUCUUAAUUUAGGGAUUUGAAGACUUCUAAUCUUCUGGUGAACAAUCAUGGUGAUCUGAAGAUAUGCGAUUUUGGAUUGUCUCGUCAGUAUGGCAGCCCAUUGAAACCGUACACUCACUUAGUGGUUACUCUAUGGUACAGGUGUGUUCAAAAGCGUCUGAAUGUGUUUCGUUGUCUCCAAACAUUUUUUUCUCUCAUAUGCAUGCUAUGGUUUUCAGGGGGAAAAAGGCCCAAGUGGUAACUCUUUAUCCUUCCUGUGUUUAUGGUAUUGGCCAACUCAUGGUCCUUGUGUAUCGCAGGGCUCCAGAACUACUCCUUGGAGCCAAAGAAUACUCAACAGAUAUUGACAUGUGGUCGUUGGGGUGCAUAAUGGCUGAAUUACUGGCAAAGGAGCCUCUGUUUGGUGGCAGAACUGAAGUUGAUCAGCUGGACAAGGUAAUAACUAUUUUACAUACCAUGCAUUUUUUCGAAGACAAUUGUUUCAUCGUUUCCCUCAUGAGAAAACUAUGCCACAGAUAUUCAGAAUACUUGGUACCCCCAAUGAAAGAAUUUGGCCAGGAUUUGCUAAACUACCUGGUGUCAAAGUCAACUUCAUCAAACAACCGUAGGUCACUUGUUCCCAUUUAUUUUUAAUUUGAUCUCUUGAAGGUGGCUCACAGUAAUAAUAAGAUUAUACCAGUACAUUAUCUCUAUUUUCCGGAUUUCUGCUUAUGGCUUUCCCUGGACAAAUUUCAUGGAUAACAUCAAGGGAGGUUUUAACGCAAUAUGCUGGUCAGUCACUGAGCAAUGCCCUUCUUAACAGGUACAACAAGUUGAGAGAAAAGUUUCCAGCGACAUCCUUCUGUGGACGUCCCACUCUGUCCGAGGCUGGAUUCGACUUACUUAACCAACUGUUAACUUAUGACCCUGAGAAGGUAUCGUCAACCAAGAUAAACAGGGCACAGUUCAGUCCUGCUAUGUUCUCUUACUAUAUAUAUAACUUCCUGAAUUUUAUUGUCACAUUUUGCACAUGCAGCGAAUAACAGCAGAUGCUGCCCUUAACCAUGAAUGGUUCUGUGAAGUUCCUCUGCCCAAAUCGAAAGACUUCAUGCCAACAUUCCCUGCACAAAAUGCUCAAGACAGGUGUCCAUGCUUAUCAUUUACCAGUUAUAUGUAUUUGCUUAGAGUUUAUAUCUUGCAACUUUUUAGCUUGAUUUAUAUUCAUGUUAGGCGCUCUCGAAGAAUAUUGAGGAGUCCAGAUCCACUUGAAGAGCAAAGGAGGAAGGAACUGGAACAAGGAGAAAUUGGCAGCAGGGGUCUGUUCGGUUAA